AUGGAUAUAACUAUGGGAUACUGUGUAGGUACACGGCCUCCCUCUUGCCUCAUCCUCCUGCUUCUCAAGCUUUUGGCCACUGUCUCUCAGGGGCUGCCAGGGACCGGGCCCCUUGGUUUCCACUUCACACAUUCCAUUUAUAAUGCUACCGUGUAUGAGAACUCGGCAGCAAGGACCUACGUCAACAGCCAGAGUAGAAUGGGCAUCACCUUAAUAGAUCUGUCCUGGGAUAUCAAAUACAGAAUAGUGUCUGGAGAUGAAGAAGGCUUUUUCAAAGCAGAGGAAGUCAUCAUUGCAGAUUUCUGUUUUCUCAGAAUAAGAACUAAAGGUGGCAAUUCUGCCAUAUUGAAUAGGGAAAUUCAGGACAAUUAUUUAUUGAUAGUAAAAGGUUCUGUUCGAGGAGAAGAUUUGGAAGCAUGGACUAAAGUGAGCAUACAGGUUUUAGAUAUGAAUGAUCUGAGACCCUUAUUUUCACCCACAACCUACUCUGUUACAAUCGCAGAAAGCACACCUUUAAGGACUAGUGUUGCCCAGGUGACAGCAACAGAUGCAGAUAUCGGUUCCAAUGGAGAAUUCUACUACUACUUUAAGAACAAAGUUGAUCUCUUUUCAGUUCACCCCACGAGUGGUGUCAUCUCUUUAAGUGGACGAUUAAAUUAUGAUGAAAAGAAUAGGUAUGAUCUGGAAAUUUUGGCUGUGGACCGGGGGAUGAAGCUCUAUGGAAACAAUGGAGUGAGCAGUACUGCAAAGCUUUACGUUCACGUUGAACGAAUAAAUGAGCACGCUCCAACUCUCCACGUGGUCACUCAUGUUCCUUCCUCACUGGACAAAGAGCCCAUAUAUGCGCUGGUGACCGUGGAUGACCUAGAUGAAGGAGCCAAUGGAGAGAUUGAGUCUGUUUCCAUCGUGGCUGGGGAUCCUUUAGAUCAGUUCUUCCUGGCUAAGGAAGGAAAGUGGAUGAAUGAGUACAGGAUUAAGGAGAAGAAGCAGGUUGACUGGGAGAGCUUUCCCUAUGGCUACAAUCUCACUCUUCAAGCCAAAGACAAGGGGUCACCUCAGAAAUUUUCAGCAGUAAAGAUAGUCCACAUUGCCAACCCCAAAAGAGACACUGUUCCAGUUAGGUUUGAAAAAGAAACGUACGAUGUGAGCAUUAGUGAAUUUUCUCCUCCUGGUGUCGUGGUUGCUAUAGUGAAAUUAAGUCCCGAACCUCUAGAUGUGGAAUACAAAUUAUCCCCUGGAGAGGAUGCACAGUACUUCAGAAUUAAUCCUCGGUCAGGUCUGAUCGUCACAGCACAGCCACUGAAUACCAUUAAGAAGGAGGUUUAUAAACUAGGGGUGACAAAUAAAGAAGGAGAUUUAAAAGCACAAGUCACCAUCAGCAUAGAGGAUGCGAAUGAUCACACCCCAGAAUUUCAGCAGCCACUGUAUGAUGCUUUUGUGAAUGAAAGUGUUCCAACGGGAACAAGCGUUUUGACAGUUUCAGCUUCCGAUAAGGAUAAAGGAGAAAAUGGGUACAUCACCUAUAGUAUUGCCAGCUUGAAUUUGUUGCCAUUUGCCAUUAACCAGUUUACAGGUGUUAUUAGCACAACUGAAGCAUUGGAUUUUGAAUCCUCGCCAGAAACAUACAGGUUCAUUGUCAGAGCCUCUGACUGGGGUUCGCCAUACCGCCAUGAAAGUGAGGUCAAUGUGACUAUUCGAAUAGGAAAUGUCAACGACAACAGCCCUCUCUUUGAAAAAGUGGCUUGCCAGGGAGUUAUUUCCUCUGACUUUCCAGUUGGGGGCCAUAUCACAGCUGUCUCAGCGAUCGAUAUCGAUGAACUGGAACUCGUAAAGUACAAAAUCAUCUCUGGAAAUGAACUUGGUUUCUUUUAUUUAAACCCAGACUCUGGUGUAUUGCAGCUUAAAAAGUCACUGAUGAAUCCUGGAAUUAAAAAUGGAAAUUUUGCCCUUAGGAUUACAGCCACCGAUGGGGAGAAUUUUGCGGAUCCUAUGUCUGUUAACAUUUCAGUCCUGCACGGGAAGGUGUCUUCAAAGAACUUCAGUUGCCGAGAAACUCGCGUGGCUCAGAAGCUGGCAGAGAAACUGCUCAUUAAGGCCAAAGCAAAUGGGAAGCUGAAUCUGGAAGAUGGAUUUCUUGACUUUUAUUCAAUUAAUAGGCAGGGGCCACAUUUUGACAAGUCAUUUCCUUCUGAUGUGGCCGUGAAGGAGAAUCUGCCAGUUGGUGCUAACAUCCUGAAGAUUAAAGCCUAUGAUGCCGACUCUGGCUUCAAUGGAAAGGUGCUAUUUACAAUAUCCGAUGGGAAUACGGAUAGUUGUUUUAAUAUUGAUAUGGAGACCGGGCAGCUUCAAGUCCUUAUGCCCAUGGAUCGAGAACACAGAGACCUCUAUCUCCUUAAUAUCACUAUCUAUGACUUAGGUAACCCACAAAAGUCUGCGUGGAGGUUGCUCACCAUCAAUGUGGAGGAUGCUAAUGACAACAGCCCGAUUUUUCUUCAAGACAGUUACUCAGUUAACAUUCUUGAAAGUUCAAGUAUUGGCACUGAGAUUAUUCAAGUGGAAGCCAGAGACAAAGACUUGGGUUCUAAUGGUGAAGUGACUUACUCAGUCUUGACAGAUACACAGCAGUUUGCCGUCAAUAGCUCCACUGGAAUUGUGUAUGUAGCUGAUCAGUUGGACCGGGAAUCCAAAGCAAACUACUCUUUAAAAAUAGAAGCCAGAGACAAGGCAGAAAGUGGCCAGCAGCUGUUUUCGGUUGUCACCCUGAAGGUUUUCUUGGAUGAUGUCAAUGACUGCUCCCCGGCUUUCAUUCCCAGUAGCUAUAGUGUGAAGGUUCUUGAAGAUCUCCCCAUUGGCACUGUCAUUGCUUGGCUGGAGACCCAUGACCCAGACCUGGGACUGGGGGGUCAAGUGCGCUAUUCUUUGGUCAAUGAUUAUAAUGGGAGAUUUGAAAUAGAUAAAGCAAGUGGUACCAUCCGCCUGAGCAAAGAGCUCGACUAUGAAAAGCAACAGUUCUAUAACCUCACCGUUCGGGCCAAAGACAAAGGGCGGCCUGUCUCUCUGUCAUCCGUUUCCUUUGUUGAGGUGGAAGUGGUGGACGUCAAUGAAAACCUCCAUACUCCCUAUUUCCCAGACUUUGCUGCUGUUGGAUCUGUAAAAGAAAACUCACGGAUUGGAACAAGUGUGCUGCAGGUUACUGCCCAUGAUGAGGACUCCGGGAGGGAUGGAGAGAUCCAGUACUCCAUCAGGGAUGGCAGUGGUCUUGGAAGGUUCAACAUAGAUGACGAGAGUGGAGUCAUCUCUACUGCAGACAUUCUUGAUCGAGAGACAACAGGGUCAUACUGGCUGACUGUGUACGCCACAGAUCGGGGCGUUGUUCCACUCUAUUCCACGAUUGAGGUCUACAUUGAAAUUGAAGAUGUGAAUGACAAUGCCCCGCUGACCUCUGAACCUAUUUAUUAUCCUGUUGUCGUGGAAAACUCUCCGAAGGAUGUAUCUGUCAUUCAGAUCCAGGCUGAGGACCCUGACUCUAGUUCCAGUGAAAAACUGACAUACAGGAUUACAAGUGGGAAUCCUCAGAACUUUUUUGCCAUCAACAUCAAAACAGGUCUGAUUACAACAACUUCAAGGAAAUUGGAUCGAGAACAGCAGGCAGAACAUUUUCUGGAGGUGACUGUGACAGAUGGUGGUUUCUCUCCAAAACAGUCAACCAUUUGGGUGGUGGUUCAGGUUUUGGAUGAAAAUGACAACAAGCCCCAGUUCCCAGAGAAGGUCUACCAGAUCAAGCUGCCAGAACGUGACCGGAAGAAGAGGGGAGAACCCAUUUAUAGGGCUUUUGCAUUUGAUAGAGAUGAGGGCCCCAACGCAGAAAUUUCCUACAGUAUCGUGGAUGGGAAUGAUGAUGGAAAGUUCUUCAUUGACCCUAAGACUGGCAUGGUUUCUUCCAGAAAGCAAUUUACAGCAGGGAGUUAUGACAUUCUAACGAUAAAGGCAGUGGACAAUGGGCGCCCUCAGAAGUCCUCCACGGCCCGCCUCCACAUUGAAUGGAUUAAGAAACCACCUCCUUCACCUGUACCGUUGACCUUCGAUGAGCCAUUUUAUAACUUUACAGUCAUGGAAAGCGAUAGAGUCACCGAGAUUGUAGGGGUGGUGUCUGUGCAGCCAGCUAACACCCCCCUGUGGUUUGACAUCGUUGGGGGCAAUUUUGACAGCUCUUUUGACGCAGAGAAGGGCGUUGGGACCAUUGUCAUUGCAAAACCUUUGGAUGCAGAGCAGAGGUCCAUUUAUAAUAUGAGUGUGGAAGUCACCGAUGGGACAAAUGUUGCUGUCACUCAGGUAUUUAUCAAAGUGCUGGAUAAUAAUGAUAAUGGCCCAGAAUUCUCUCAGCCAAAUUACGAUGUGACAAUUUCCGAGGAUGUGCUUCCAGAUACCGAGAUAUUGCAGAUUGAAGCCACAGACAGAGAUGAGAAGCACAAGCUAAGUUAUACUGUCCACAGCAGCAUAGAUUCUGUCAGCAUGAGGAAGUUCCGGAUUGACCCCAGCACUGGCGUGCUCUACACAGCCGAGAGGCUGGACCACGAAGCCCAGGACAAGCACAUACUCAACAUAAUGGUCAGAGAUCAGGAGUUUCCUUAUCGAAGAAACUUGGCCCGAGUCAUUGUGAACGUGGAAGAUGCUAAUGAUCACAGCCCCUGUUUUACCAACCCGCUGUAUGAGGCAUCUGUGUUCGAAUCGGCUGCUCUGGGAUCAGCUGUACUGCAAGUGACGGCUCUGGACAAAGACAAAGGGGAAAAUGCAGAACUCAUAUAUACCAUAGAAGCAGGGAACACUGGGAACACAUUUAAGAUAGAACCAGUCCUGGGCAUCAUCACUGUUUCUAAAGAGCCAGACAUGACAACAAUGGGUCAGUUUGUCCUGUCAGUCAAAGUCACGGAUCAGGGUUCCCCGCCGAUGUCUGCCACCGCGAUUGUGCGAAUUUCUGUCACCAUGUCUGAUAAUUCUCACCCCAAGUUCACUCACAAAGACUACCAAGCAGAAGUAAAUGAAAAUGUUGAUAUUGGAACAUCAGUCAUUCUAAUCUCUGCCAUCAGUCAAUCCACCCUCAUUUAUGAAGUCAAAGAUGGAAACGUUGAUGGGGUUUUCACCAUAAAUCCCUAUUCUGGAGUCAUCACCACACGCAAGGCACUGGAUUACGAGCAUACCUCCUCUUAUCAACUCAUUGUCCAGGCCACGAACAUGGCAGGAAUGGCUUCCAACAUCACAGUCAAUAUUCAGGUUGUUGAUGAAAAUGAUAAUGCACCAGUUUUUCUCUUUUCUCAGUAUUCGGGUAGCCUAAGCGAGGCAGCCCCCAUCAAUAGCAUCGUCAGGAGCUUGCACAACAGCCCGCUGGUGAUUCGAGCCACCGACGCCGACAGCAAUCGCAAUGCUCUGCUUGUGUAUCAGAUUGUUGAGUCCACGGCCAAGAAGUUCUUCACAGUGGACUCCAGCACAGGUGCGAUCAGAACAAUCGCGAACCUGGACCAUGAAACCAUCGCCCAUUUCCAUUUUCAUGUGCACGUGAGAGACAGUGGUAGCCCCCAGCUGACGGCAGAGAGUCCCGUUGAAGUCAACAUAGAAGUGACAGAUGUGAAUGACAACCCACCUGUGUUCACUCAGGCCGUGUUUGAGACUGUCUUACUUCUACCUACCUAUGUCGGAGUGGAGGUUCUGAAAGUUAGUGCCACGGAUCCUGACUCCGAGGUGCCCCCGGAACUGACGUACAGCCUAAUGGAAGGCAGCUUGGAUCAUUUUUUAAUUGACUCAAAUAGUGGAGUGCUCACUAUUAAAAACAACAGCCUCUCCAAAGAUCACUACAUGCUGAUAGUUAAGGUGUCUGAUGGAAAGUUCUACAGUACUUCCAUGGUCACCAUCUUGGUUAAAGAAGCCAUGGACAGCGGCCUCCACUUUACACAAAGCUUUUACUCCACCUCCAUCUCAGAGAACAACACGAACAUAACCAAAGUUGCUAUUGUCAAUGCAGUGGGAAAUCGCCUUAAUGAGCCCUUAAAGUACAGCAUCUUAAACCCAGGAAAUAAGUUCAAGAUAAAAUCUACCUCAGGGGUCAUUCAGACCACCGGAGUCCCCUUCGACCGUGAAGAACAAGAGUUAUAUGAGCUGGUUGUGGAAGCCAGCCGAGAGCUAGACCAUCUGCGGGUGGCAAGGGUGGUGGUCAGGGUCAACAUCGAAGACAUAAAUGACAAUUCUCCAGUCUUCGUGGGCCUCCCUUACUAUGCUGCUGUGCAAGUUGAUGCUGAGCCUGGCACCCUGAUUUACCGAGUGACAGCCAUUGACAAAGACAAAGGUGCAAAUGGAGAAGUGACCUACCUCUUACAGGAUGACUAUGGCCACUUUGAAAUUAACCCUAAUUCAGGGAAAGUUGUUUUAAAAGAAGCUUUCAACUCUGACUUGUCCAACAUUGAGUAUGGAGUCACCAUCCUAGCCAGAGAUGGUGGAAAACCCUCUUUGUCCACAUCCGUGGAACUUCCCAUCACUAUUGUCAACAAAGCAAUGCCUGUGUUUGAUAAGCCUUUUUAUACAGCGUCCAUCAACGAAGACAUCAGCGUCAACACCCCCAUUCUAAGCAUCAACGCCACCAGCCCAGAAGGCCAAGGCAUCAUAUACAUCAUUAUUGAUGGGGACCUUUAUAAACAAUUUAACAUCGACUUUGACACUGGGGUCCUGAAAGUCGUUAGCCCUUUGGAUUAUGAAAUUACAUCUGUUUACAAGUUGACAGUAAGAGCCAGUGAUGCCCUUACUGGGGCCAGGGCUGAAGUCACCAUUGACUUGCUCCUUAAUGAUGUCAAUGACAACCCCCCUAUUUUUGAUCAACCCACGUACAAUACAACGUUAUCCGAAGCUUCUCUCAUUGGGACACCUGUUUUACAAGUUGUCUCUACGGAUGCAGACUCAGAAAACAAUAAAAUGGUCCAUUAUCAGAUUGUCCAGGAUACUUACAACAGCACAGAUUAUUUUCACAUAGACAGCGCAAGUGGCUUAAUCCUGACAGCGCGGAUGCUGGACCAUGAGUUAGUGCAGCACUGCACUUUGAAAGUCAGAGCCACAGAUAAUGGCUUCCCGUCACUGAGCAGCGAGGUCCUGGUUCACAUCUACAUCUCGGACGUGAAUGACAACCCUCCAGUCUUUAAUCAGCUCAUUUAUGAGUCCUAUGUGAGUGAAUUAGCCCCCCGGGGCCAUUUUGUAACUUGUGUGCAAGCCUCCGAUGCAGACAGCUCUGAUUUUGACAGGCUGGAAUACAGCAUUUUAUCUGGGAAUGACCGGACGAGCUUUCUGAUGGACAGCAAGAGUGGCGUCAUCACGCUCUCCAACCACCGGAAGCAGCGGAUGGAGCCUCUGUACAGUCUCAAUGUGUCCGUCUCUGAUGGGCUGUUCACUAGCACUGCCCAGGUGCAUAUCAGGGUCCUCGGGGCCAACCUGUACAGCCCUGCCUUUUCUCAAAGCACCUACGUAGCUGAGGUGAGAGAGAACACGGCGGCUGGGACAAAGGUGAUUCACGUUCGAGCCACGGAUGGGGAUCCAGGGACAUAUGGGCAGGUCAGCUACGCCAUCAUCAAUGACUUUGCUAAGGAUCGAUUCCUCAUAGAUGGCAAUGGACAGGUCAUCACAACAGAAAGGCUCGACCGGGAAAACCCUCUGGAAGGAGACAUCAGUAUUUUUCUGAGGGCCCUUGAUGGCGGAGGGAGAACAACUUUCUGCACCGUGAGGGUGAUUGUGGUGGAUGAAAAUGACAAUGCCCCCCAGUUCACGAUGGUGGAAUACAGAGCCAGCGUCAGGGCAGAUGUCGGACGGGGUCACCUGGUCACUCAGGUUCAAGCCAUGGAUCCAGACGAUGGAGCGAAUGCAAGGAUUACUUAUUCCCUCUAUAGCGAGGCCUCGGUCUCGGUGGCUGACCUCCUGGAAAUCGAUCCUGACAAUGGCUGGAUGGUCACAAAAGGCCAUUUUAACCAGCUGAAAAACACAGUGCUGUCCUUCUUUGUCAAAGCAGUGGAUGGGGGCAUUCCGGUGAAGCACUCCCUCAUCCCCGUCUACAUCCACGUUUUACCCCCUGAAACAUUUUUGCCGUCCUUCACCCAGUCUCAGUAUUCCUUCACCAUUUCAGAAGAUACAGCCAUUGGGAGCACGGUGGACACCCUGAGGAUUUUGCCCAAUCAGAAAGUCAAGUUCAGCACAGUUAAUGGGGAGCGGCUGGAAAAUAACAAAGGAGCUGUCUUCAUCAUAGAACAGGACACAGGCACCAUCAAGCUGGACAAACGUCUUGACCAUGAGAUCAGCCCAGCUUUCCACUUCAAAGUAGCAGCCACUAUACCCCUGGACAAGGUAGACCUUGUGUUCACGGUGGAUGUAGACAUCAAGGUACUGGAUAUGAAUGACAACAAGCCAGUCUUUGAAACUUCAAGCUAUGAGACGAUCAUCAUGGAAGGGAUGCCUGUGGGCACCAAACUCACGCAGGUGAGAGCCAUCGAUAUGGACUGGGGAGCCAAUGGGCAGGUCACCUACUCCCUCCACUCAGAUUCCCAACCUGAAAAGGUGAUGCAAGCGUUCAACAUUGACAGCAACACAGGCUGGAUCAGUACCUUGAGAGACCUGGAUCACGAGACAGACCCCACGUUCACCUUCUCCGUGGUGGCCUCCGACCUCGGGGAGGCCUUCUCUCUUUCUUCCACAGCAUUGGUCUCUGUCAGGGUGACGGAUAUAAAUGACAACGCUCCGGUCUUUGCCCACGAGGUGUACCGAGGGAACGUGAAGGAGAGCGACCCUCCGGGCGAGGUGGUAGCUGUCCUCAGCACAUGGGACAGAGACUCUUCUGACAUCAAUCGACAAGUGAGCUAUCAUAUUACAGGAGGGAACCCCCGAGGAAGGUUUGCCCUGGGCCUGGUGCAGAGCGAAUGGAAGGUCUACGUGAAGAGACCUCUAGAUAGAGAAGAACAAGACAUUUACUUCCUCAAUAUCACCGCCACUGAUGGGCUCUUUGUCACUCAGGCCAUGGUGGAAGUGACUGUCAGUGAUGUGAAUGACAACAGCCCAGUGUGUGAUCAGGUUGCAUAUACAGCAUUAUUUCCCGAAGACAUUCCAUCAAACAAAAUCAUCCUGAAGGUCAGUGCCAAGGAUGCUGAUAUUGGAUCCAAUGGAGAUAUACGAUACUCACUCUAUGGAUCUGGAAACAAUGAAUUUUUUCUAGAUCCACAAAGUGGUGAGUUAAAAACUUUGGCUCUGUUGGACCGGGAGAGGGUCCCUGCAUACAGCCUCAUCGCCAGGGCCACCGACGGGGGUGGCAGGUUCUGCCAGUCUGACGUCCAUCUGAUCCUGGAGGAUGUGAACGAUAACCCCCCAGUGUUUUCGUCCGACCACUAUAACGCCUGUGUCUAUGAGAACACAGCCACCAAGGCUCUGUUGACCAGAGUUCAAGCAGUAGAUCCCGAUGUCGGCACCAACAGGAAGGUCGUGUACUCCCUGGCCGACUCGGCCGACGGGUUCUUCUCCAUCGACAGCUCGUCUGGCAUCAUCAUCCUGGAGCAGCCGCUGGACCGAGAACAACAGUCCUCCUACAGCAUCAGCGUGCAGGCCACCGACCAGAGCCCCGGCCAGGCCCUGUCCUCUCUGGCCACUGUCACCAUCACCGUCCUGGACAUUAACGACAACCCCCCUGUGUUUGAGAGGAGGGACUACCUGGUGACGGUGCCUGAGGACACCUCCCCUGGCACCCAAGUCCUUGUUGUUUUUGCCACCAGCAAAGAUAUAGGCACAAAUGCCGAGAUUACGUACCUCAUCCGGUCUGGAAAUGAGCAAGGGAAAUUUAGGAUCAACCCAAAGACAGGUGGUAUCUCUGUGUCUGAGGUCCUGGACUUUGAACUAUGCAGAAGGUUUUACCUGGUGGUGGAAGCGAAAGAUGGGGGCACCCCCGCCCUCAGUGCCAUGGCCACUGUCAACAUCAACCUCACAGAUGUGAAUGACAACCCUCCCGAAUUCAGCCAAGAUGUCUACAGUGCUGUCAUAAGUGAAGACGCCUCGGUCGGGGACUCUGUCAUUUCGCUAAUAGCAGAAGAUGCAGACAGCCAGCCCAAUGGACAGAUUCGAUUUUCCAUUGUGAAUGGAGAUCGAGACAGUGAAUUUGCUGUGGAUCCUGUCUUGGGACUUGUGAAGGUUAAAAAGAAAUUGGACCGGGAACGGGUGUCUGGAUACUCCCUGCUCAUCCAGGCAGUAGACAGCGGCAUUCCUGCGAUGUCUUCAACUGCCACUGUCAACAUUGAUAUUUCUGAUGUAAACGACAACAGCCCAGUAUUUACACCUGCUAACUAUACUGCUGUGAUUCAGGAAAAUAAGCCAGUAGGCACCAGCAUUUUGCAGCUCGUGGUGACAGACAGAGACUCCUUUCACAAUGGGCCUCCCUUCUCCUUCUCUAUUUUGUCGGGAAACGAAGAGGAGGCGUUCGUGUUGGACUCGGAUGGGAUCCUGCGCUCAGCCGUGGUCUUCCAGCACAUGGAGUCUCCAGAGUAUGUGCUGUGUGUCCAGGCAAAAGACUCAGGCAAACCUCAGCAAGUUUCUCACUCCUACAUCCGCGUGCGGGUCAUCGAGGAAAGCAUCCACAAGCCCACAGCCAUCCCCCUGGAAAUUUUCAUUGUCACCAUGGAGGACGACUUUCCUGGUGGGGUCAUUGGGAAGAUCCAUGCCACAGAUCAAGAUGUGUAUGAUGUCCUCACAUUUGCCCUGAAAUCGGAGCAGAAAAGCUUGUUCAAGGUGAACAGUCAUGAUGGGAAAAUCAUCGCCCUAGGAGGCCUGGACAGCGGGAAGUACAUCCUGAACGUGUCAGUGAGUGAUGGCCGUUUCCAGGUGCCCAUCGACGUGGUCGUGCAUGUGGAGCAGCUGGUGCACGAGAUGCUGCAGAACACCGUCACCAUCCGCUUCGAGAACGUAUCCCCCGAGGACUUUGUGGGGCUGCACAUGCACGGGUUCCGGCGCACCCUGCGGAACGCGGUCCUCACCCAGAAGCAGGACAGCCUGCAUAUCAUCAGCAUCCAGCCCGUGGCGGGCACCCAUGAGCUGGACAUGCUGUUCGCGGUGGAGACGCCCAACAGUGAGUUCUACAAGCCGGCCUACCUGAUCCAGAAGCUGUCCAACGCCAGGAGACAUCUGGAGAACGUCAUGCGCAUCUCAGCCAUCCUGGAGAAGAACUGCUCCGGGCUGGAUUGCCAGGAGCAGCACUGCGAGCAAGGCUUGUCGCUGGAUUCCCACGCGCUCAUGACCUACAGCACAGCUCGCAUCAGCUUCGUGUGCCCGCGUUUCUACAGGAACGUGCGCUGCACCUGUAACGGAGGACUGUGCCCAGGGUCCAACGAUCCUUGCGUGGAGAAGCCGUGUCCAGGGGACAUGCAGUGUGUCGGUUACGAAGCCAGCAGGAGACCGUUCCUCUGCCAGUGUCCACCGGGGAAGCUCGGAGAGUGCUCAGGGCACACUUCUCUCAGCUUUGCUGGAAACAGUUACAUCAAAUACCGGCUUUCUGAAAAUAGCAAAGAAGAGGACUUUAAACUGGCCCUGCGUCUGCGAACACUGCAAAGCAAUGGGAUUAUAAUGUACACCAGAGCAAACCCCUGCAUCAUUCUGAAGAUCGUGGACGGCAAGCUGUGGUUCCAGCUGGACUGCGGCAGCGGCCCCGGAAUCUUGGGCAUCUCGGGCCGCGCUGUCAACGACGGGAGCUGGCACUCGGUCUUCCUGGAGCUCAACCGCAAUUUCACGAGCCUGUCCCUGGACGACAGCUACGUGGAGCGGCGCAGGGCGCCCCUCUACUUCCAGACGCUGAGCACCGAGAGUACCAUCUACUUCGGGGCCCUGGUGCAGGCGGAUAACAUCCGCAGCCUGACCGACACGCGGGUCACGCAGGUGCUGAGCGGCUUCCAGGGCUGCCUGGACUCCGUGGUGCUGAAUAACAACGAACUGCCGCUGCAGAACAAGCGCAGCAGCUUCGCCGAGGUGGUGGGCCUGACCGAGCUGAAGCUGGGCUGCGUGCUCUACCCUGACGCCUGCGAGCGCAGCCCCUGCCAGCACGGAGGCAGCUGCGCCGGACUGCCCUCCGGGGGUUAUCAGUGUACCUGUCUCUCCCAGUUCACCGGGAGAAACUGUGAAUCGGAGAUCACAGCCUGCUUCCCAAACCCCUGCCGGAAUGGAGGCUCCUGUGACCCCAUAGGAAACACUUUCAUCUGCAGUUGCAAAGCUGGGCUCACUGGAGUCACGUGCGAGGAGGACGUCAACGAGUGCGAGCGGGAGGAGUGUGAGAACGGCGGCGCCUGCGUGAACGUGUUUGGCUCCUUCCUCUGCAACUGCACACCAGGCUACGUGGGGCAGUACUGCGGCCUGCGCCCCGUCGUGGUACCCAACAUCCAGGCCGGCCACUCCUACGUGGGGAAGGAGGAGCUCAUCGGCAUCGCCGUGGUCCUCUGCGUCAUCUUCGUCCUCGUCAUCCUCUUCAUCUUCUUCCGCAAGAAGGUCUUCCGCAAGAACUACUCCCGCAACAACAUCACACUGGUGCAGGACCCUGCUACGGCCGCCCUGCUCAACAAGAGCAACGGCAUUCCAUUCCGGAACCUGCGGGGCGGCGGGGACAGCCGCAACGUCUACCAGGAGGUGGGGCCCCCGCAGGUCCCUGUGCGCCCCAUGGCCUACACCCCGUGCUUCCAGAGCGACUCCAGGAGCAACCUGGACAAGAUCGUGGACGGGCUGGGCGGCGAGCACCAGGAGAUGACUACAUUUCACCCCGAGUCACCGCGCAUCCUGACGGCCAGGCGGGGUGUGGUCGUGUGCAGUGUGGCCCCCAACCUCCCUGCCGUGUCCCCCUGCCGUUCUGACUGCGAUUCCAUCCGGAAGAAUGGCUGGGAUGCCGGAACUGAAAACAAAGGGGUUGAUGACCCAGGAGAAGUGACCUGCUUUGCAGGCAGUAAUAAAGGCAGCAACUCAGAAGUUCAGUCCCUGAGCUCCUUCCAGUCAGAUUCUGGUGACGACAAUGCAUCCAUAGUGACUGUCAUUCAGCUUGUCAACAAUGUAGUUGACACUAUAGAGAAUGAAGUGUCUGUCACGGAUCAAGGACAGAACUACAACCGAGCCUAUCACUGGGACACCUCUGACUGGAUGCCGGGGGCCCGCCUGUCGGACAUAGAAGAGGUACCCAACUACGAGAACCAGGAGGGAGGCUCGGCGCACCAGGGCAGCACGCGGGAGUUGGAGAGCGAUUACUACCUGGGCGGCUACGACAUCGACAGCGAGUACCCACCCCCCCACGAAGAGGAGUUCUUGAGUCAGGACCAGCUGCCCCCACCCCUGCCAGAGGACUUCCCGGACCAGUAUGAGGCCCUGCCGCCCUCCCAGCCGGUCUCACUGGCCAGCACGCUGAGCCCAGACUGCAGGAGAAGGCCCCAGUUCCAUCCCAGCCAGUACCUCCCUCCCCACCCCUUCCCCAACGAAACGGAUUUGGUGGGCCCUCCCGCCACCUGUGAAUUCAGUACUUUUGCCGUGAGCAUGAACCAGGGCACAGAGACAGCAGCGGGCCCAGCAGACAGUGUGUCUCUCUCCUUGCACAAUUCCAGAGGCACCUCGUCCUCGGAUGUGUCAGCCAGCUGCGGCUUCGAAGACUCUGAAGUAGCCAUGAGUGACUAUGAGAGCGUCGGGGAGCUCAGCCUCGCCAGCCUUCACAUUCCCUUUAUGGAGACCCAGCACCAGACCCAAGUGUAGAGGAUGCGCUCGGGUGACGCGCGCGGUUUGUUACAGAAACGCGGAGGGAGACUGGCUGGGCUCGCAUCUCCACGAAGGGUCCUGUGUUGAGCGAGCGGGAAAUGCGGUAUUUUCUUCUGGGAACUUCUUCCCGAGCCAUACUGUCUCAAGCAAGCUCGACUCUAGCUGGCUGAAAAGGAAAGGUUCAGAAAUUGUUUCUGAGAGGUGACCCAUCACCCUGGCAGUGCGUCCCUGCGCUCAUGACCGACAAGACGCACCUAGUUUUUAAAGGGGGAAACAAUUUCACCCAUUGUUAUACAGUCCAUCUGUAUGGCUUUGUGCAGUACUGUGCCCUGGAAAAGUGUUACAGCAUCGGUCCUUGCAGUAUUAAUAACUGGCAACAAGCCAAGAGGCAUUGUUGCAUGUAAUUUUGAGCCAAUGGGGAGGGGGGAAUGAAAAUAGUAGUUAUGAUUGUUGGAAAAGUUAGUCUCUUAGGCAAAAGAAAAGAGGAAUAAAUAUUAUUAAAUAAAUAAGAAAAUGGGAUGAAGGCUUUCAAAUCAACUCUCUUUUUUUUUUUUUUUAAUAAGCUGCCCAAUUUUCAGCUAUAAAAUUAGGUUUGGGUAACAUGUUUAGUAUGCUCAGUUAUUUUUGUUUGUUUGUUUGUGUUAAGCAUCCAAUAUAAUAUAGUUGGAUUUUAUGAUCUUUGAGAAAGAUAUCAAUGAAGAGGAAUACGUGAGGGUAUUUGGGUACCAUUCUGUAGGUUGUGCAAACGUUAGAAAGAAUGUGAUUAUCUGUCUUUGUGUUUUCCAGUAAAUAUUCUUGGCUGUAACUUUAAUUUUAACAUUGCUGCAGAAAUUGGGCUUUGUUCUGAGAAUCAGGAAAUAAAAAGACAAAUAAAGGAAUAUUUUGGUACAUUGUUCUCUAGAAUGAGAGAUAUUGAGAGGUUUAAGCAGAAUUCACAAAUUCAGGGAAAAAAAAGAAAAUAUAAUACUUUCAAAGUUUUCAGCUAGAUAAUCACAAUUCUUGAUAAUGCAGAUAAAAGGUACGUGUUGUUUUAAACUGUUAGCAUCAUCACUAUAAAUGCAAUUAUGUUUUUAAAAAAGGAGAAGAAAGUAGAUAGUUCUUGUGUGUAAAUUAUAAUAGUGUGUGUUUCUGGUCCUAUGUACAAAUAUGUGCUUGCACUCAAUAAGGCUGCUCUUGAGGAAAGCUGACGGGAAGGUUUUAGGAUAUAGACUAUGUUAAAAAUCCUGCCAAUGAGGCCAACCUUCCAAUUUCUCUGAUCUUGAUGAUAUCAGAGAAACACCAAAUGCCGUAUUUUAUUCUGGUUCAGUUAACUUUAUUUUGGUACUGCCAUUUAUAUGAACUUGAAGCAAAACUCUGCUUUCUUAGGGAAAAAAAAAAAAACCUGUAUUUUGUUAUAAUUUUCCAGAACUAAACUCUCAUUUGAAAAAUGUGUAAAGUUUCAUUACACCCUGGGGUUCUCCUCUCAUCUGACCUGUGGGCUUCAGCCUUGAGUUUCCAAAUUUGACAGGAGAAUCAGCCCACUGGAAAUACAAAAACCCGGUAGUCGAAGCUUAAAGUUGAUGAGUUGAGUGACUUUCCUCUUUUGCUUCAAUCAGAUUGUGGCCACGGGCGCAGCGGCCAUGGUUAAAUAAAUGCAUAUUUGCACUGUCUGCAUAUGAGCAAAUCUCUGUGUCCACAGUUUCUGAUGACAUAUGGCAUUGGUGUGUCCACCGUACUGUCCUGAUCUGUGUGUCAUCCACUCAGACAUAUUUUUAAUUGCUUCAGUUGUGUUCAAUCCACUUCUUUGCAGGAGUCAGUGUUUCUGAAAGAUCGUGGUUAAGAAAAAAAAAAAAACUCCUUUUCAUUCCCAAGCUUCCUGAGUAUAUGCAUAAACUUCACAGGUUUCUCAGCUUUUCUCCUCUUCCUAUCUCCUAGUCAGACCUACUCAUGGAAGCAUUAUCCGCACUGUGGUCUUGAAAUAAAUGAAUUUCACUAAGGCUGCUUGGGAGAAUAAAGUCUUUGAUAUUUCUCUUAUGUAAGAAACCAUUUGCAAGAAUCAUGGAGAAAAUGACGAACUAAUGGUCUAGAAUAGAACUGCUGCUACACUUUCGAUAAUGCAAUGACAUAAAAAACAAUCAAAGUAAAACCAACAAUUCAUUUCUUGCCCCCAGGAAAUACUAGAAGGAGAUUAAUGCCCAUGAGUCAGUCCUGCUUACACAGCAUCCCCUCCAGGCAGAGUGCCUAACCAACACAGUAAUGAAGGAAUAAAUAGACCCUAAUGCGGUUGUGAAAUCACCCAUGAGAAUUGUGGCCACUCUUGGCUCUGACCUGUAUAAAAUACGUCUUUCUUCAGGAUAUCUUCCCCAAUUUUCUGCAGAGUAGCUCUGUAGCUAAAUGUAUCCCAGAUAACCUUGUGUCAUACUUCGAUUCAUUAUCUUUAAACUCGUGAUAUCUUUUCACUUUUUGGAUAGCUUUCCCAGGAGAUUCUGAAAUGGUUUGCAGUCAGGCCAAGAUGGAACUAGGUGGGGUGACCACUGACUCAAGGGCUGGAAGGGUCCUUAAGGUCUCCUUGUCCAACCCCCUUAUUUUAUAAAAGAGUAAACAUACCCAGAGAGGGGAAGGGACUUCCCCAAGCUCACACAGGCAGGUAAGUAGCUGAACAAGAACUAGAACCCAUCCAUUUGGCCUGCUUCUGCUAGACCUUCUGAUUUCUCACCAUUCCUGCUUUGGAAUAUACUAGAAGAGAGAACUCAUGGAGAGUAUUUUUCUGGAAGCCUCAUGAUCCUAGGUUUCCUUGCAGCCCCCAUAGGAAAGGUGCAGUUACAGAAUUCACACAUUUCUUUGGACAUCUAUCAAAACUGCUUUCGCCAAAUGAAUGUUUACUAAAAUGAGGAUGGAAUGAUAAUUACAGAAUGGAACUAAGACCAGUCAGCAAAUUCAGUAAAACUUUGAUUAUAUUACCUACUAGGUGCAUUUAUUUUUCUUCUUUUUCCCCCAUCCCCGCCCUGGUGUUUAUUCCUAACCCAUUCACCAUGCUGAACCACGUGGGAAAGAUUUAAGCCAAUUUGUAUCUUUCCCAUACGUAUUUUUCUAACAUGUAUGUGCUACCUCUGGAAGCCAUUUUCCAUAGCCUAUUGUAGGCAUUUUACUUGCAUUGCACACAUUCUGAUUAGGUUGAGGAUAGCUGGACUAGUGAUGUUUGUCAUAUAGUCAGCAGAAGCUAUAGGGCUGUAAAAGGUAAAUAAAAUAGGUGUUGAAUUUAUUCUCUUCUAUGAGUAUUUUUCUGCUGAGUUUCGUUCCAUGCCAGCUUUCCAUGUACUCAUAUCCUGCCAGUUCAUGAAAUGCCAUUGAGGUAGACUUAGUGAUAUGAAUAGGUCAGGUCUAUGCAUCUGAGGUUUACCCUAUCAGACAAUCAGGGUGAAGACCUAGAAAGGGAAUUGAUGAUGCAUUCCUGGAACUUACCUGGAACCACCCUAGGGAAUCACUAGCAGAGCCUGGGAUAAAAAGCAAGGAAAACACUAUUGGCCAACUCCUGUUUACUUCCCGCCCUCACCCCGCCCACUGCCCCCACUAACGCUGAGUCUACAUAAUCAACGUCGGGGAAUAGACAUUAGCAAAAUAAAUCACUUAGGACCCAGAAAGCACUUU